AUGAAGUCCAUCAUCGACUUGUCCCUCGUGACACCAUCACCGCAUAUUGAAGAAGAAGAAGACGGGGACGAAAUCUGCGCAGUCUUUAACACCUCGUGCCAACGCCGUGCGACCGCUUCUUCAAGUCCUCCGACGUCGCCCAUGACCUCAACUGACCGCGUCUUUGGCACGUUCGUGGGACCUUCUCCCGCCCCAGCCGUCACCAGCUCGAGCUCUGGCACGUGCUUGGACAUGGCGUACGUCACGUCGCUUGCCCCUCCCCCUUUGGAAUCGUCCUCUGAAGACCAGACCCUGAAGCUGUCGCCGAGAAAGCGCACUUACGACCAUAUGACAGCAAGAGACAAGACGUCGCCUCGAGCAGCUGUCGCCACGUCGAUGUUGGCCAUGCGGGCUGAGCUGCCGCAUUCAAUGGACGUCGUGAGUCCCACGCGAGCUCGAAACGGUUUCGGUGCGGAGCCAAUCGUUUCAACAGCUGCUGCUGCUGCUGGAAAACAGACGGCUCAGGAGAAGCAGAAGGAGGGAGCAGAGACACAAGGGACUGCAUCUGCAGGUACGAAGAAGACCAAAGUGUCUCGUGAACGCCAAUUGAAGAUCAACGCGGCGUCUCGACGAUGCCGGAAGAAGCAGAAACUGGAGCUGCAAUUUCUUCGCACUCAUGUCCAGGAGCUCCACGCUGUAUUGAUGGACCAAGUGGACUGUUUGCAACGUCAAGGGUCGCAGCAACAGCGAGCGACACGUCUCGCGCGUCUCGUGCAAGACAGUGUGGCAAAAGUUGAGGAGAUGAGCUCUGGCAUGAGAAUGAGUCCAGCGGCUACGCUGAGUGCGCCGCCCGCGGCAUUCCGCGCCGAGGUGCUUCCGAGUCGAAUGGAUGAUCAUAGUGGAGAAGACACGGAUGGUACACACAGUAACGAUCCGUUGAAUUACAUUGAGACUGACGAUGCCCGUCGCGUGCAUACGAUCGACCCGUCAACACGGUACUCGCUCAGUGACGAGCGCAAGAAGGAACUGCUCCACAUUUCGUCGUUUGUACUUGUCAACAUUAGCUCGGAGAGCCACAGCUUUGCACCGGAAGUGAUCUCGUGUCUCCCGAUUGAAAUGGACGACUGGCAACUGCGUCUCGCCAUUACCGAGAAGAGCUACACUAUCCACAACCAAAAGUUUUUCCCGUGCAAAGUUAACGAUAUGUUUGACUUUUGCUGGGAGACAAAUGUGGCUCAGAAAAUCUCGAUCAAACACGCUAAGAAGCACUAUGUCGUGGUGACCCCACUGGAGAAAGAUGUCGCCCACGUCUAUUCCAAGAUUACGGGCAAGUGGUCGUUGAAUGUGCACGGUGUGCCGAACGUCAGCUAUAACAGCAUUGUGUGUCGGCGGUUUAUACCAAGUGAACGUCGGGCCAUCAUCUGCCAACAGAGCGUGCUGGAAGAGCGUGAUUUCCAGGACGAGAACACUUUGCCGUGGCUUUUUAAGCGGUGGGUUGUUUUUCGGCCUAAAGUUCAAGAUGGUGUUGCAGGCACCUUUGUGGAGGCGUAUCGCACUGCGAGCUACGCAACGGGGCGGCUCAUUUACAAAGAUAACAAAAAAUACGACAGCUUUUGCGAGCACCUGAUUCGGCGCUACGCCGAGUCGAAUUUGCUGUUGGAAGGCAUGAUGGCUCGUGAUAAACGAUUCGCACACGCAUUUGAUGACAGUGUCCGCUCAGGAACCAGAGCUGGAACGGCCACGGUCUCCGAUCGCAUCAUCAAGGAUCUCCUGCUCUUUUGA